UAGAGGUGCCAACUAGACAAAGGAAAUCAAGCUUCAAAAUGUCACAACCAAUGGGGAUUUAGCAAUUGAUCUCAUAGGAUAAGGAACCUGUCCUAUUUAAGCCCAUGAAGCCCAAUCACAACCACCCAUCAUCCUCCUCUCCUCUUCUAAUUGCCUUUCCUUCCACUUAUAUCACAUUAGUUUUGCAAUGGCUGCUUCCAUGGCUCUGUCUUCCCCAACAUUCGCCGGCAAGGCCGUGCAACUUGCUUCGGGAGCCACCGAGCUCUUCGGCAACGGAAGAGUCUCCAUGAGGAAAACAGGGGCCAAGCAAGUUUCCUCUGGAAGCCCAUGGUACGGCCCAGACAGAGUUAAGUACUUGGGCCCAUUCUCUGGUGAGCCCCCAAGUUACCUAACUGGUGAGUUCCCUGGUGACUAUGGCUGGGACACUGCUGGGCUUUCAGCUGACCCAGAAACCUUCGCCAAGAACCGUGAGCUUGAGGUGAUCCACUCCAGAUGGGCCAUGCUCGGAGCUCUUGGGUGCGUUUUCCCUGAGCUCUUGGCCCGCAACGGUGUCAAGUUCGGUGAAGCCGUGUGGUUCAAGGCCGGAGCCCAAAUCUUCAGCGAGGGCGGUCUUGACUACUUGGGCAACCCUAGCUUGGUCCAUGCCCAAAGCAUCUUGGCCAUCUGGGCUACCCAAGUUGUGUUGAUGGGUGCAGUUGAGGGUUACAGAAUUGCUGGUGGGCCACUUGGAGAGAUAACUGACCCACUUUACCCAGGUGGAAGCUUUGACCCAUUGGGCCUUGCUGAUGACCCAGAGGCUUUUGCUGAGCUCAAGGUGAAGGAGCUCAAGAACGGUAGAUUGGCCAUGUUCUCCAUGUUUGGUUUCUUUGUCCAGGCCAUUGUCACCGGAAAGGGACCAUUGGAGAACCUUGCUGACCACCUUGCAGACCCAGUCAACAACAACGCCUGGUCCUAUGCCACAAAUUUUGUCCCCGGAAAGUGAGCUGGGAAAUUGUUUUCUUCUUUUGUUUGGAGACUCUUGUUGGUGAUGUAAAUUUGUUUCGAAGCAAUGGACAACAUGACUAGAACUUUCCUAG